GUGAGCGCACGGGGGAGAGAGGACUUGGGCGGGGCCUCGCGGACAGUCAGCGAAUCCGAAGAGAGCUAAGCCCUCGUUGCUCGGCGACAAGUCCCGCCCCGCAGGCGGCACCGGAAGUGGCAGGCCGGGAUCAGCCUUUAAGAUGGCGUCUCCUCAGGGGGGCCAGAUUGCGAUCGCGAUGAGGCUUCGGAACCAGCUCCAGUCAGUGUACAAGAUGGACCCGCUACGGAACGAGGAGGAGGUCCGAGUGAAAAUCAAAGACUUGAAUGAACACAUCGUCUGCUGCCUCUGCGCUGGCUACUUCGUGGAUGCCACCACCAUCACAGAGUGUCUCCAUACUUUCUGCAAGAGUUGUAUUGUGAAGUACCUCCAAACUAGCAAGUACUGCCCCAUGUGCAACAUCAAGAUCCACGAGACACAGCCACUGCUCAACCUCAAACUGGACCGGGUCAUGCAGGACAUCGUGUACAAGCUGGUGCCUGGCUUGCAAGACAGUGAAGAGAAACGGAUUAGAGAAUUCUACCAGUCCCGAGGCUUGGACCGAGUUACCCAGCCCGGUGGGGAAGAGCCAGCCCUGAGCAACCUCGGCCUGCCCUUCAGCAGCUUUGACCAUUCGAAAGCCCACUACUAUCGCUACGAUGAGCAGCUGAGCCUGUGCCUGGAGCGGCUGAGUUCUGGCAAAGACAAGAAUAAAACCGUCUUGCAGGUGAGAGGGGCUAUGGGAGGGCCUCUCAGGAGACUCCCCUCCUGGGGCCCCUGCUCUCACACACCUCGCCUUCCUUUCCCUCCCCUCCCUCAGAACAAAUACGUCCGAUGCUCUGUUAGAGCUGAGGUCCGUCAUCUCCGGAGGGUCCUCUGUCAUCGCCUGAUGCUAAAUCCCCAGCAUGUGCAGCUCCUUUUUGACAAUGAAGUGCUCCCUGAUCACAUGACCAUGAAGCAGAUAUGGCUUUCCCGAUGGUUCGGCAAGAAUUCCUCUGAGUGUCAUCAAGAAGGAUGCCCCUCAGCAAAUGACCAAAGGAGAGGGGUAGAGGACCCUACUUAUGUAAAACCCAGAAGGUGAGCUGAGUGAAGUCAGGC